CCGAAAAGGAAACAUUAAUCUAUUCUCUUCAUUCAAUCUACUCCUCUUCAAUCCCUUUGUUUUGAAGCUUUCUUAUUUUGGUUAAAGUUUUGAAAGCAUUGAUAGCCUCAAAACAUGGUGGCAACAAGCACACAUGGGUUGGAGGCAGGAACUAUUUCUAGUUAUGAUAGGGAAAGUGAAGUGAAGGCAUUUGAUGAUUCAAAGGUUGGUGUCCAAGGACUUGUAGAAAAUGGUGUCACCAAAGUUCCACGUAUGUUCUACUAUGAAGAGUCUAAUCUCAGUGAUGGCUUUAACAAUGAAUCAAAUUCGAAGAUUGGCAUUCCCAUAAUUGACCUCACAGGUAUCCAUGAUGAUUCAACUUUGAGAAAUGAUGUUGUGAAAAAAGUUAGAAAUGCAUGUGAAAAAUGGGGGUUCUUUCAAGUUAUAAAUCAUGGAAUUCCAACUCAUGUUCUGGAUGAGAUGAUCAAAGGAACUUGCAGAUUUCACCAACAAGAUGCAUGUGUGAGGAAAGAGUACUACACCCGCGAUUUCAGCAAGAAAAUUAUUUAUUUUUCCAACUUUAGUCUUUAUCAGAACCCAUCUGCUGAUUGGAGGGAUACACUUGCAUUUUUCUUGGCACCUAAUCCACUCGAAGCUGAAAAAUUGCCAGCUGUUUGUAGAGAUAUUGUGAUUGAAUACUCAACAAAAGUGAUGGCACUUGCUUCUUCUUUGUUUGAGUUACUGUCAGAAGCUCUUGGCAUUAAUCGCUUUCACCUUAAAGAAAUGGGUUGUGAUGAAGGUCUUACUCUUCUUUGUCACUACUAUCCAGCAUGCCCUGAGCCAGAAUUAACUAUAGGCACUACUACGCAUCCAGAUGGUGACUUCAUGACAAUACUUUUGCAAGACCAGAUGGGUGGCCUUCAAUUUCUUCAUGAAAAUCAAUGGAUUGAUGUACCACCAAUUCAUGGAUCCCUUAUAGUAAACAUUGGGGAUCUUUUGCAGCUAGUGACUAAUGACAAGUUUAUUAGUGUUCAGCAUAGAGUUUUAGCUAACUAUCAAGGCCCAAGAAUUUCUGUUGCAUCUAUUUUUAGAACUGAUGUCCAAUCACCAGAGGGUAUGCCAAAAGUCUAUGGUCCAAUCAAGGAACUAUUAUCUGAAGACACUCCACCAGUGUACAGAGAAACUUCCUUAAAAGACUUCUUAGCACAUCAAUAUACAAAGGGCCUUGGAAGUUCCUCACUAACCCCAUUCAAGUUGUGAUUAUGAACAAUUGCAUGAAACACUUUGAUGUUUUUAGAAUGAGUUGUGGCUUAUUUCAUUUCUACUAAACUCGGGUACGUGCCUUCAAGAACUGAAAACCAAGUUAUAUUUUAUCUGUUAAGACUAUAAUUAAAUGCAUCUUGAUUUUUAAUUUUAUAAAUUA